CAGUCAUUGGCUGACGCCAUGGAAACGACGCGGAAGUGUGGCGUUACAAGCUCGGCCAACAUGCUAUAUACUAGCACAAUGUAUGCUCAUUCUUUUUAACAUUAACGCCUUCCAAGUGUUCUAUGACAAACGUACAUUUAAUGCUUAAAACCAACCAUACUUCGAGUUACCUUGUUCUUGUCGUCGCGCAGUCAGUCAAAGUUAGCUGCUUCGCUAAUGCUUCUCCGACCCCGCUGCUGAAAUGAUCAAAGCUAAAAUACUCCUAAUUGGUCCAAACGAGAGUGGGAAAAGUGUCCUCGCAAACUUCCUCUCAGAUGCAACGGAAAAUGUGGGAGGUGAAUACAGACCCACUCAAGCAGUCAGGAUACUGGAAUUUGAAUCCCAACUGGAAGGUAGCGGUGACAUGAAGUCAUGCGAGGUGGAGCUGUGGGACUGUUCCGGAGAUUUCAAAUUUGAGUCUUGCUGGCCUGCGCUCAUGAAGGACUGCAGCGGCGUGGUGGUCGUUUUUAAUCCCGAAAUUCCUAAUCAUAUUAAAGAAAUCGAGUCCUGGCACUCCAUGUUCAUCUCCUCUCAGGGGUUGCAGGAGAGCCAGUGUCUGCUCGUCGCUCACCACAAGCCUGGCAGUACAGCAGAAGAAGGUCGGCUGGCUUUAGCGUCACAGCUGAGCAGACUUCCACUUAUUCACUCUGACGUGGAGGAAGAACCGGAGGACGUGAGGAGAGCUUUCUGCAGCUAUUUGGGAAAAGUUGUAAAUACACUUUCGGAAAGCCGCGAGAGGGAGGAGAUGUCUAUCAUCACCUAGCAGCAUAUUCAAUCUAACCCAGUAUCUAACCACUUUUUAACCAGCGUCAUUUAUUUAUUACCUGUCCAAAAACUGUAUGCUUAUUGUUUUAUGUUCAUUCACAGUUUAUAAGCCUUGCACAGAAAAAUACUAAGUAUAAAUAAAUGUUCAAGAUACAGGACUGUACAUGCUUUUAAAAACAUUUGUUUGUAUGAUUUGCAGUAAACUGUUACGUCUCUGCGGCAUGGUAGCGGUAGUUGUGACCCUAAGGUGCGGAGAUAGGAGACAACGUGCAGGUAAGAGUAUUUAAUGAUCACCAAAUCACCAAAAAUGAUUCCCAGGCGCGGCCACCGCUGCUGCCCACUGCUCCCCUCACCUCCCAGGGGGUGAUCAAGGGUGAUGGGUCAAAUGCAGAGAAUAAUUUCGCCACACCUAGUGUGUGUGUGACUGUCAUUGCUACUUUAACUUUAACUUUUUAAUGUUAAAAAAUAUAGUGCAGCAGGGAAGUUCACGGAAAGCACAAGCAAGCUGUGCAUGUAAAGCAAAAUGAGCUAAGCAAUCAAUGAAAGCAUACCAACACAAG